GUUUUUUCCAAAUCACAACAAGCACUCACAAAAAAGCCAUCUUCAGCGCAACUGAUUUGCUAGGACUGCGUCCCAUCGACUUGAGAUUGACACCCGCUCCAAUGGCCACCACGACCGCCACAUCUACGAGCAAGAACAGUAGCAGUCGCUUCCUCCCGUCCACCAACAGCUUGUGCUUGGACAUGCACAAGGUGCAUCCUUCUGCGACGAGACCACCGAGUCCAAAGAUGGAGUUUGCCACACCGCCGACGCGAACCAUCACCCCACCUCCGAUCAUGAAGCUUCCACAUUCGUUUGCGACCAAGCAGGUAUCGCAUCCACCGCAUUUGCAGCUCAAAGUGUCAGAUCCUUAUAUUACGAUGGACAAGAAGCUGGCAACGCUGAAAAUCCCAUCGGCGUGCGAGACUCCAUUACAUUACACGCCACCGCCUCCGUUCCCCGAGACAAGUCCGAGCGAGAACAAGAUGAUGGAUGCCGACUUUGCCAAGCGAAAAAAGGGAACCCGACGAGGCACACUGAAUCCUGAGGCCAAGAACGUGCUGAAAGCAUGGAUGUUCUCUCCCGAGCAUUUUGCGCAUCCAUACCCGAGCGAAGAAGAGAAGGAAGAGUUGGCGGCUGAAGCGGGCAUUGAGGUCAAGCAACUCUCGAACUGGUUCACGAACGCCCGGAAACGACUGUGGCAACCAGUGCUGCGCCAAUCAGGUGUUGAAGUCAAGAACUUUUUGUCUACUGGUCGAGGGGGUCCCCGCGGCGCCAAGUUGGACGUGCCGACGAACAUUGCAUUUCUGGCUGGAUCGAAUUCCCCGCCGUCGUCUCCUCGAAGCGCUGGGUCCAAUGACGACGAUGACCACGAUACGUCCUCAUUUCGAUUUGCAUCGGUGCCGGACAAAGUCGUGAAGCGCAUGCGACGAACAGAGCCACAGGACAACGACAGCGGCGGCAACUCCCCUGCGUCAUCGUCGGACGACUCGUUCGAGCACCAUACAAGGGACGGCUUCCGUGACGUCGAGAUCUUAGCGGCCAAGUCGCUGCUCGGGUUGCACCGGGAGUACCAGCCGGUGCAUUGACUGGUCGCCAACACGAUCCAACCCUACUAGGCCGCCAAUCGACGGGACACGGCAGUAUCAUUAUCGUUAAAUUUAUUUUCCCUACACAAUAAUAAAGCGCAUCUUAUUUGGUGCGGCGCUCCAUCCCCUCCGCGCGCCGCUUUUGCUUU